GUUAAGAACAGACCCACCAGCAUUUCCUGGGAUGGUGUGGAUGCAGGUAAACUGUACACCUUGGUCCUGACAGACCCGGAUGCUCCCAGCCGGCAGUCUCCCAAAUUCAGGGAGUGGCACCAUUUUCUGGUGGUCAACAUGAAGGGCAACGAUGUGAGCAGUGGCACAGUGCUCUCCGAUUAUGUGGGCUCCGGGCCUCCCAGUGGCACAGGCCUCCACCGCUACGUGUGGCUGGUCUACGAGCAGGACAGACAGCUGAAGUGCGAUGAGCCCAUCCUGAGCAACCGAUCUGGAGACCACCGCGGCAAGUUCAAGGUGGCGUCCUUCCGUAAGAAGUACCAUCUCGGGGCCCCGGUGGCCGGCACAUGUUACCAGGCAGAGUGGGACGACUACGUGCCCAAGCUGUACGAGCAGCUGUCCGGGAAGUAGGGCAAACUCCGCAAGGCCCUGUCGUCCUGGACACCCCAAGCAGUGUUCUCGAUCGAGUUCCGUUCAGUGAUGCAUGUAGAUUUCUCCUUCGUCCCACUCCCUUUGGCUUGAGACCUGCGCUGUCCCAUAGUGGUGUAGGGUGACUUUCCUGCCGCCUGUCCUUCUGGAUGCUGGAUAGUCACACACCCCAGUUUAUGUUUGGGUCACAUUUGAGCUCCGUUUUGGGGGAUAUUUUGGUACUAUGAUGGGAUCAUCAUAUUGUUAAUUAAAGUAUAGCAACCCAAGAUUUAAGGAAGAAAAAAAAAAGGCAGAGAGACCAGGUGUACAAGAAGAGAGCAGGUCAUCAAGGGUCUGUAAGGGGGGCUGGAGAAGAAAGAAAAGGAUUGGUUCUCACAGCCUUCAGGAGACCUGAGUCCAGCGCUGUACACGGUGCCGGACAGCAGGAGGCUCCCAUCUUGGGUAAACCAGGACAGGAUGUUACGUCCCCAGUGACUUAGAAGCUGUCACAGUCCUGCCCUGAGUCCUUUAAAGGACCAGCUGGGAGCAGUGCUGAGGGGACGGCUUGCUCUUGCCGAGGCCUGGCCAUCUAGAUUAACAGUGGGUUGGGGUGACAGGUUGUCAGGAUCCUUAAAUUAAGUGUCUGCUAAGUUGAUCACUUGUCAUUGGUCUAAGAAAAGCUGAUCUAGAGUUGCUUACUGUUGUGUUAAUUCUGGUGUUUGCUUCUUGUUGAAUAAAAGUGAAAACACUGGACAGUC